AUGUCGAGGAAAGAUGACAAGUCUAAAGAGAGUACCGCCAUUGUAACGGUCAACAUUGAUGAUUUCACCAGAACUCGCGACAGCUUGCCCUUGCGCAGGUGGUCGUCUCCCUCUCUUCCUGGCGUUGGCCUUGCAGUCCCGCCCUCCGCUGGCGUCCCUGCGUUUGCCAUUCCUUAUCCACCAAUCCCCAUCCUUCGUCACCUCACCACUUCCCCUGCACCCAAAGCCACCAAGAUCUCUCCCGUCAUGCCUUCUUCACGUGCUACUCUCCCUACCAUCCUUCGUCACCUUCUUAUCCCUAAUUCUCCCCCUUAUACCCACGCCCCGCCUCUGUCCCUCACCCCACCAUCUCUGCUGGAAACCAUCAAUCGCGUCAUCCUUCCCAUCAACGUUGCUUGUGGCGACCUCAUUGCCGCCAGCGAGGACCCAACAAACAGAAGUGCCUUAGCUCUAACACACAUCCAGGUCAUCGUUUCUCUCGCCACCCUCCAAUCAGCCGUCUCAGACCUGUCGCGCGCAUAUAUCAAUCAUGCCAACACGGUGCUGAACCGUGGUCCCUCCACUCUCGAUCUGGGCGGGAUCACCUCGAGUCUACUCGAGAAUGGCUUCCUCAGCGGUGGCCGUGGCCUUAGCCCCGGCGGUGGUCUUGCCGCUGGUCCCCGUACUCUAGGCAGAGUUGAUGCCAUCUCUGGGGCCAAGAAGAAGCGCAAGCGCGCCCCACCUGAUCCCAAUGCGCCCAAGCGUGCUUUGACACCAUAUUUCCUCUACAUGCAACAUAACCGCGCUUCAAUUGCACAGGAGCUGGGGGAGAACGCGCGACCGAAGGAGGUCGCUGAUGAGGGGACGAGGCGUUGGGCUGAGAUGCCUGAUGAGGAGAAGCAGAUCUGGAAAAAACUCUACGCGGAAAACCUAGCAGUCUACCAGGAGAAAAUGCGCGCCUAUAAAGCUGGCUUGCCCGUUCCUGAGGAUGGCUUGUCGACUACCGCAGCUGCCAAUGCAAACGCUAAUGCUGCUGCUAUGCAAUUGCAGCAGGGCGUCCACCGGGCGGCGGCGGGCGAGGAAGAUGUGUCGUCUGAAGGGUCUGAGCAGGAAUCUGAUGAGGAGGACGAGGAAGAGGAGGAGGAGGAGGAGGAGGAGGAGGAAUCGUCGCCAGAGCCUGUACGGGAACCGACACCGCCACGGUCGAAUAAGCGACGGAGGACUACUGGCGGUGCUACUUCUGAUGCGAAGGUAGCGACGCCCACGGCUGGGAGUGCCAGCGCGAAGAAGGCGUCGCCAGAGAAGAAGAUGAGAGGUGCUGCUAGGAAGGAGAAGGAGAAGGAAGAGACUGCUGCGAAACCGAAGCGCGGUGCUGCUGCCGCGAACGAGACACCGAAAGGUGAGAGGAGAGGGGGGAAGAAGAAGCGGAAGAGUGAAGCAGGGGAUUGA